GAAGAUUAUUAUUUUCAAAUUGUUAAAACCCAUGAAGAGGCAGGAGUAGGAGCUUUUCUUUACAGGGCAGCCGACUUAAUUGUUACUGAGCUAGAGCCCGCUCGGAGAAAGGCCCGCAUCAACGCUGCAAAAGAAAUGGGGUCGAUACCGCAACUAUCAGUCCUCAAAGGAAUCACCAGACAACUGAAAGUUGACACAUUGAGCAAUCUGUUCGAAGAUGUUGCUACAGGACAUUGCGAGAAUAAUACUGCACUCAUCUUUGAAGAAAAUGGGGAAACAAGACAACACACUUAUUCACAAGUCAACAAAAUGACCAACAAACUCGCUAGGACGAUCCACAAAACCAUCGUGGCCAAUAACCUCCAAAGGAACACGGACGGAGACUACAUCAUAGCCGUGAAUAUGCAUCCCAGUGAUAGUUUGGUGAUGGUUUUGAUUGCCAUUUGGAAAGCAGGAGCUGCCUAUAUGCCACUGGAUCACUCUUUUCCUGGUCCAAGAGUCGAACACAUAGUGACUGAAUCAAAACCGGUCCUGGUGAUAUACGACGAAGAUUCAGAGUUCUACACAAAUUGCUUCAAGUUAUCGUUCGAUGAGCUGGUGAGCAGGAGCAUUGACGAGGAAGAACACGCAUUAUCACAGAAUGAGAAAAUUCAACAUUCUAAUGCUGCUGAUCCUGCCAUAGUCAUGUAUACUUCUGGUAGUACAGGGGUACCAAAAGGUGUGCGACUUCCUCAUAAGAUAAUCCUGAACCGUUUACAAUGGCAACUGAAGAGAUUCCCGUUCAGCAAUUCGGAAAACGUGUGCGUCUUCAAAACAGCACUGACCUUUGUCGACAGCGUAGCUGAAAUUUGGAGCCCUUUGCUGAGUGGUAGGUCACUCCUGGUAGUGCCCAAAAUCGUUACGAAAGAUCCAGAGAAUCUUGUCGCCGUCUUGGAAAAAUACAAGGUUGAAAGGCUGAUUCUAGUUCCUACUCUCUUGAGGUCUCUCCUGAUGUAUAUGGACCUUAAAGGAGUUAAGGAAUACUUGAAUAAUCUACGCCUGUGGAUAUGUUCAGGGGAAACUUUGGCCGUAUCAUUGGCGAAGGAAUUCUACAUGCAUUUCAGCGAGGACUAUUAUCAGUUAUGCAACUUCUAUGGGAGCACAGAGAUCAUGGGAGACGUCACGUACUAUGUCAUACCCGGACUACGACAGUUGGAACAUAUGGACAAGAUACCGAUAGGUUCCCCUCUGGACAACACCAUCAUCUACCUGCUAGACAAAGACCUGCGGCCGGUGAAAACAGGCGAACCCGGCGAGCUCUUCGCCUCCGGACUGAACCUUGCGGCAGGCUACGUCGCCGGCAGAGACCCCGACAAGUUCAUCGACAACCCAUUAGCAAUCGAUCCCACUUACGCGAAACUGUAUCGCACCGGGGACUUCGCCCGCGUGGAAAAGGGGGUCCUGGUGUACGAGGGACGGACGGACUCGCAGGUCAAAAUCAGGGGCCACCGGGUGGAUCUCACCGAGGUGGAGAAGGCCGUGAACUCGGUGGAAGGGGUAGAAAAAGCCGUGGUACUUUGUUACAACCCUGGAGAGAUAAGUCAAGCUCUCUUAGCCUUCGUCACAAUUCAUAAAAAUAAACUGAUGAACGAACAUCAAAUAGAAGAGAAGCUGAAAGAAAAACUCACUUCCUACAUGAUUCCGCAAGUUGUAUUGAUGGAGAAGAUCCCACUGUUGGUCAAUGGGAAAGUGGAUAGACAGUCCCUAUUGAAAUCUUAUGAAACAACAAACGGAAACGAUGAUCCUGAACCGGAAAUAGAAAUCAGUUACGAUGGUGUCGCUCCACACCAAAUGGAUGCCGCAAAAGUAUUAUUCGAAACAGUAGCUACGGUUCUCGGCAGAGCAACUAGAUCGACCAUUUCAGUAAAUGCCAACUUCUAUGAAAUUGGUGGAAACUCUUUGAACUCCAUUUACACAAUUUCCCAAUUGAACGACAAAGGAUUCUAUAUCGGAAUUAGCGAAUUCAUUUCUGCUAUGGACCUUGGAGAAGUUUUGCUACGAAUGACUUCAGACAAUGAAAUUACUCCAGAUACCCUCAGUUUCCAUGUGGAAUUCUUGAAACCCGAAUAUAAAGAUAUCGUUUCAGAUAUAAUAGCUACUAGUUUUUAUCAGAAGGCCGAUCUAGAGCAAUGGAUCAAAUCAGAAGUUUCUUUGUCUGUGUAUUAUGAACUAGUGGACAAACUAUGGGAGCCGCUAAUCGAGAAAAACCUCAGCUUUGUCGUGAAAUCUGGAACAGGAAAAAUUGUCGGAGUCGCAUUCAACUUCGACGCUAGGGAUGAACCAGAAGUAGAAAUUCAUUCGAAACUCACCAUCAUUUUCGAGUUUUUGGAAACUAUCGAAGGACCAGUGAGGGAUAAUCAACUGCCUCCUGGCAAGGGUACAGUAUUACAUGCCUUCAUGAUGGGCACACACUCGUCUCUCUCGCCAAAGGAAAAUGUAGCGGUGAUGCAAUUUACCGAAAACGAAGUUCUGAAGCUUGCAAAGAGUCGCAGAUUCAAAGGAGUAUUCACCACAAACACCAGCCCUCUAACACAACAACUUGGAACAGUCCAUCAUUACCAGACAAUACUAGAUUACCAAGUGAACCAGUACAUUGCGAGUGAUAAUUCCAAACCAUUUGGACUUGCCCCAGACAACCAACGAGCGAUAGUACAAUGGAAACCACUGGAAUGA